AUGAGCAUUCCUUGUACACUUUCCGGCAGCCUUUUUGGCGCCGUUAUCCCUUAUAACCGCUACACCAACUACACAUGGUUAUGGUGUUUAGAGUGGUAUGUGCUGCUGUUAUGUACUGGCAGCUUACCGAUGCUGCUAUCGAAUAUCCGGUCCACGAGGGUCGAGCCAACAACUAGCAGCAAUUGCCGCGAACGAUCAAGGAGCAGUGGAAGUGUCAUGGAGUGA